AUGCUCCAGUUAUUAGGUCGAGCAUUGGUGCGAUGCUCAGUUGUACAACGAGCACAACUGCUACAGCACAGUGGCAGAAAUUUGGCUACGGAAGGUCAGAAAACAAUUGAAGAAAUUGGUGAUGAUAGUACAAGUUUCCCCGCAGAUCCGAAAGAUUUUGGGGGAUCGGAAACUGAUGUAGACUCUACGGCACGUUAUAAUUUUGAUGAGAAUCAUAUUGAAGUGACCGGUGUUGUUCGAGGACCACCGAGAGUGUAUACGAUGCCAACCGGUCGACAGUAUGCUAUUGUAAAGCUGUCAACAGCAAGUGCUGACCGUCGAAAUUCUGGACGAUUUAUUUCCUUUGUUGAUGUUUUUGCCCCUAAUAAUAUAGUGGAUUAUAUCAAGGAUCACGUACGUGAAGGAACGCAAGUGUACGUGAGCGGUCAGCUUCGGAGUAGGCUGCGGACGGAUGAGGAUGGACGGUCAUUUCAGGAUAUACGAGUCCAGGCUAGUGGACUUUUUAAGAUUGUUGAUCCGAAGUAUAUCGCUGAAAGGAAUACUACAGCUGAGAAAAACGUUAAUGACGUGAACUCAGGAAUGGAGCAAACUACUUCAUAA